AUGGAUACGUGCGAGAUGAUGGUUUUCAAAGAUUGCAAGGAUACCAGCGCCAUCUCUGGAUUUCUUUUACAAGAUCGAAAAUCAUCCAAGUACGUUCAAGAGUUGGUAUCUUUGUACGAUGAACAGGAUGGCAGCAAGAAGAAUAAUAACAACAUUAGUAACACUAUCAAAAUUGAUUGGAAAAAUUUCAGGAAAUUCGACAAUGUGAAGAUCGAGGCAUCUUCAAAAGAAGGAAUCUUGUGCAUUCGUGCAGACAAGUUCCCUGACCGGACGUACUAUGUUGGCAAACCUACUUCGGACCAGUGGUUUGCUAUACCGAACCAUAAGCCGGUUGAUCAGUUUCCAACCGAACAAGUUGGUUUAGUGGUCUUGACUUCCGACCCUCUAACAUUUAAGAUGGUAACGCUUUCGCCAAAAUGUGGGGCCAAUCGUGCCACGAACUACUACGGUUAUCGUUGCGAUGUCUUUGAUUCGAGGACGUGGACAUGGAAGAGGGGGAUCAACGACGUAGUGUUACCGAAAAUGGUGUUGUUUGUUCGACAGAAUGAGUCGUUAGUUGUGAAUGGAUUGAUACACUGGCUCACCACCGACGGUCGCGUCGUCGUGUUCGAUCACGAAGACGAGACUUAUCGUAGGUUUCCUCUUCCUAAAGGGGUAAACAGCCUUAGAAGUUCAUUGAUUGAAUAUGAAGGGAAGCUUGGGUUAGUAACAACAUCUGAGAAAGAAGGGAAGCAAUUGUGGGUUGUGGAGGAUGAUGAUGAUUCAAGACAUCAUCAUAACUGGCGUUUGAUCAAGCAACAAAACCAAGAUUUCAGAAGUAUCGGAAUUCUUGUUGUUCAGGAGACUGAAGUUAUGAAAUUUGGUGGUUUUUGUGCCCAGCAUGUUUUCCCAUUCAGAUCAAAUUUCGAGCCAAUCCGGCUAGAAGGAGGCGCUUGA